UCCCUUCCCGGCUGUCUCCCUGCUCCCCAGAGGAGCGUCCAGGAAGCUCUUUUGGAUGCAGGAGGGGGCAUCUGGUGGUACUAGACUGGAAGGCUGAGGCAGGAUCUGAGGAAGGAUCUUUAGACUCCGGAGAGCCUGGACUCCUUUCUUCCCCCUCUCUGCUUCUGGCUAGCUCCAUCCCUUUCUUCUGCCCACACCACUUCCCGAGACCCGCUGGAGUGGGGCAGGGGACCUGGACCGCGCCACUCCGGAGUUCUGGGAAGUUGCGGCUGUCGAGAAUGGGGGUCUGUGGGUACCUGUUCCUGCCCUGGAAGUGCCUCGUGGUCGUGUCUCUCAGGCUGCUGUUCCUUGUACCCACAGGAGUGCCGGUGCGCAGCGGAGAUGCCACCUUCCCCAAAGCUAUGGACAACGUGACGGUCCGGCAAGGGGAGAGCGCCACCCUCAGGUGUACCAUAGAUGACCGAGUCACCCGGGUGGCCUGGCUGAACCGCAGCACCAUCCUCUACGCCGGGAAUGACAAGUGGUCCAUAGACCCCCGUGUGAUCAUUCUGGUCAACACCCCGACCCAGUACAGCAUCAUGAUCCAGAAUGUGGACGUAUAUGACGAGGGCCCGUACACCUGCUCCGUGCAGACAGACAACCACCCCAAGACCUCGAGGGUGCACCUCAUAGUGCAAGUUCCUCCACAGAUCAUGAAUAUCUCUUCAGAUGUCACAGUGAAUGAGGGAAGCAGUGUGACUCUUCUGUGUCUUGCUAUUGGCAGACCCGAGCCAACAGUGACCUGGAGACAUCUCUCAGUCAAGGGUCAGGGCUUUGUGAGUGAGGAUGAAUACUUGGAAAUCUCUGACAUCAAACGUGACCAGUCUGGGGAGUAUGAGUGCAGCGCCUUGAAUGACGUGGCUGCACCAGAUGUGCGAAAAGUCAAAAUCACUGUAAACUACCCUCCCUACAUCUCAAAAGCCAAGAACACUGGUGUGUCAGUUGGUCAGAAAGGCAUCUUGAGCUGUGAAGCCUCGGCAGUGCCAACAGCUGAAUUCCAGUGGUUCAAGGAAGAAACCAGGCUAGCCCCCGGCCUGGAUGGCAUGAGGAUUGAGAACAAAGGCCGCAUAUCCACUCUGACUUUCUUCAAUGUUUCAGAAAAGGAUUAUGGGAACUAUACUUGCGUGGCCACAAACAAGCUUGGAAACACCAAUGCCAGCAUCACACUGUAUGGCAGCUUCUCCAGUGGCUUUGAGGAAGAACAUCCUCAGCUCUCCAUGUUCAGAGUAGAUCCAGCAGGUGAACAAGAGCUGACCUGACCUUUCUGCAUUACCUCCUGGGACAGGACAGGCUCUGACAGCAAGAGGACCUGUGAUCCAAAAGAAUGGCAUUGAAAACUACACAAGAUAGCGCCUCUCUUUACCUGUGCCACAGGGACUGACCUACUGAGAGGAUGAGAAAGAGGCAUCAACAAUGACUGUCUUACAGACCUGUGCUGCCUCAAUCGGAAAACUCUUUCAGGUCCACACUCUAAAAAUAAUAAAUACAAAAUCUGUAGAGUUUCAUUUCCUUAGUGUUUAAUUGAUACUCUUCUUCUAACAUAAGUGGCCUCUGUUUUCAUCCAUGAUGACACUCACAGUGGGGAUCACAACUAUAGAUAUACAUGGAUAUGUGUAUAUAUAUGCAUCCAUCUCUGUGUAUAUAUGCACAUGCUCUCACAGUUGUAAGUUUUUGGGCAUACAUAAAACUAGGCACUGUCAUUAUACUUAGAGCUGGUGAGAGUGAAAUUACGAUUACAUUUGCCAGCUACAAACAGAUACCUGCGUUUAUCCUGAGCUGCCAGGAGCCACAUCCUGAGAACAUAAAUGAUAUGCCCAAAGUAGUGUCUCCUUUUUGUGUCCCAGGGAGCAUCUCUAACAGGCUGGGAGUCAGUACAGGGCAGGACAGCACAUUUCAGUUGUCACCACACUUGGCACUCGGAGCAGGGUCAGUGACAGACAUCAUGUAAGAACUGAAGGUGUCCUGUGUGCAUGUCCUAUCAACAAUCCAUUUGUUACUUUGCAGUCUAACGAAUGGGGGGCUGAGGGAGUAAUGGCCUGGAGAACACAGCACUUGCAAGGGGAUCAGCAUCCAUGCUCUUCACUCCCAGACUUGCUUUGAGGGACAGUCUUUCCUCCUCUGGCCAAGAAAGUCACCAGAACCUUUGGGACACAACCGGACCAGGUCUCAGUGUCACUAUGGAACUCUCUCUGCCCGUCUGAGCACCAGGAAGCGCCUCUGGUUAGUUGCCGAUUCCAGCCACGUUUUCAAAGAGGAAAACUCCAACAGUCAAUCCUCAUGUCUGGAACAAGAAAAACAAGUAAAUAAGACCCAUGGAAACUGGGGCACUGGGAAAAGUGAUGACUCCUCACAACAGAUGUUCCAGUCGCCACGCUGCUUGGGUGAUGAGUGGCAUGGCUGCUCGCAACAGUCGCGACCAUCGCUGCUAAUGGACAUUCUGAAGCUAAUAAAUCAGUAACUGCAUACUGAAGACAAUGUCCACACUUCCAUAUGCUCUUACCACCUCACCUGUGGAGCAAAAAUGGAUGUGUCCGUCUGGAUAGAUAUUUUUUUCAAGUCUCCAAGGGCUGGAUGGGUGUAGGGGGAAAAAGUGGAGAUACAAAGUCUCUGAUCAGCCCAUGGUUCUUCAGUGGAAGGAAAUCAAACAGGGUUGUGGGCAGAUGAGGUGAGAGGAAUUCAGCAAACCCUUCCCUUCCCAAACAAAAUCAGUAUGUAUCUCCACCAAAGUGAAGCCAAUGAAAGUGCUUAGUGUUAAGGCUUUGGCCAAGGUUGUUUUUCAGAAGUUUCAAGUCAAGUGCCUGAUACAGUCAUCUGCAAGUCUGAGCAAAUGCAUUUAUUUUUUUCUCAUUCUUGU